UUUUCUGAUCAAUACUUUAGGGAAUUUUAACUUCGAAACGGCCGUGUUGCGCAAUUGGGUGAAAUUCCUCUUUCUCUUAGGGUUUCGUUUGUACGCUUUGGUUUCAGAGAAUUUCUCUUGGUUUGGAAUCGGUUGCCAUGAGUCUACCGCCUAAGAAACACCUAAUGACUGACGGCGAUUCGUCCUCCUCGAAGAAGAAGGGGAAGUAUCAGGACGCUGGAGAUCCUGGCGGUUAUCUUGGGUUCGAAUCGGCACUCGCUAAUCCACCCCACAUGAGUAGCUUAAAGAUUGACGGCGAUUUAUCCUCCAGUAAGCAGAAGAACGAUGAAGAUCGGAGCCUUUCUCUUCCUGCGAAUAUCUCCAUGAAGAGUACUCCUGGUUUGCGGGUUUUCAAGCCCAUCAUCCCUGAUAUACCUAAACCAGACCCUAAAAUCUAUUUGGAUGAUGCUUGGACAAAGCUAAAACCAGCUAUAAGAACCAUCUUCCUCGAUGAGGCACAAGAUUUUCACUGCUCUGAGAUUUUCAACGCUGUUCGUAAAGCAUGGUGGUCAAAGUCAUCAGGAGAAACCCUUUACAAGCUGAUCUUGGAGGAGUGUGAGAUAUACAUCUCUGCAGCUAUACAGUCUUUAGAAUCGCAUUGCGAUGAUGAUCCCUCUGUUUUCCUGCCACGCAUAGAGAAUUGUUGCCUAGAGUUUCGCCGCAAGUUGCAGGAUCUCUGUAGCAUUGCGUAUGAAGGUCAUACAGUUGGUCUAAAAUCAUUGUCGGACUUGGGUAUUGAGCUUUUCCCCAAGCAUCUCUGCUUAGCCUCUAAAGUUCGUGACAAGCUUCUUUCCAUCAACUUAGACCUCAUAAGAGAUCAAAGAUUAGGCAAGGCUGUUGACACGACUCAGCUAAAGAAUCUUUGGGUUUUGUUGCAUGGGCCAUGGUUCUACAAGUCUCGCUUCUUCGAGAAGCCUUUUAUGGACUGUGCUGUUGAGUUUUACUCAGCAGAAUCACUGCAGUUCAAGGAGCAGUCCGACAUUCCCCAGUAUUUGAAGCAUGUCGAGCAAAUGUUGCGUAAGGAGAAGGAAAAUUGCAGACACUUCUACUUUUUUUCAGGGUUCAAGAAAUCGUUGAUGGAAGCUGUUGAGAGAAUACUUCUGAGGGAUCAUGUUUCUGUCAUUCUUGAAAAGGGUUUUGUGAAGUUUAUGGAUGAGAGAAGCCAUGAUGACCUUAGUAGGAUGUAUCGUUUGUUCUCUAAGAUGGACUUACUGGGGCAGUUGAACGAUGCUUUGAACUCCUAUAUUUUGCAAACCGGGCAGAAGAUGUUAAAGGAAGACUCAUCAUUGGCGGAGUUGAAGAAAUCUAUUGACAAGAUUUGCCACACUUGUUUCUCAGAAGAUGCUUUGUUGGAGAAGACAGCCAAACAAUGUUUUAAGGAUCUUGGUUUGCCUCGGGAGGAAUCAGAAACCGAGUCUCUGCAGAUUAAACGGAUUCGAUUCGAUCUGCUAGGGCGUUUACAUUAUGUCUGACCUUUUCUUAUGAUUGUUAUAAAAGACUUAAUUAUGUACUCGUCAUGGAAGUUGUGGUUGCUAUCUAAAAAAAAAAGAAUUCGGAGAUUCUAAGGAGAUGUGUUUUAUAUGUUGGCACAGCAAAAAUAUGCAAAGAUGUAGUGGAUGUUUAUAGACUA